AUGAAGGGGUUAUAUGAGGACCGUCCGGUCCGGCGCGAUGGCCGUAGCUGCCAAUCGCUGCUGUGCAAGAAAUUUCUUCUCAUAGGCAUCAUGGGCGUCUCUGCUGUUCUACUUCCUUUGUAUCUCCUAGCUGGAGUCACCUCCGGACUGGCAGUCCCCGCCUCGAGAAAUCAAUCCACUUGCGAUACGGUCGAUCAAGGGUAUCAAUGCUUCUCCGAGACUUCGCAUCUUUGGGGUCAAUACGCGCCGUUCUUCUCUCUGGCAAACGAAUCGGCCAUCUCCCCUGAUGUGCCCGCCGGUUGCAGAGUCACUUUCGCUCAGGUCCUCUCCCGUCAUGGAGCGCGGUAUCCGACCGAGUCCAAGGGCAAGAAAUACUCCGCUCUCAUUGAGGAGAUCCAGCAGAACGUGACCACCUUUGAUGGAAAAUAUGCCUUCCUGAAGACAUACAACUACAGCUUGGGUGCAGAUGACCUGACUCCCUUCGGAGAGCAGGAGCUAGUCAACUCCGGCAUCAAGUUCUACCAGCGAUACGAAUCGCUCACAAGGAACAUCAUUCCGUUCAUCCGAUCCUCUGGCUCCAGCCGCGUGAUCGCCUCCGGCGAGAAAUUCAUUGAGGGCUUCCAGAGCACCAAGCUGAAGGAUCCUCGUGCCCAGCCGGGCCAAUCGUCGCCCAAGAUCGACGUGGUCAUUUCCGAGGCCAGCUCAUCCAACAACACUCUCGACCCAGGCACCUGCACUGUCUUUGAAGACAGCGAAUUGGCCGAUACCGUCGAAGCCAAUUUCACCGCCACGUUCGCCCCCUCCAUUCGUCAACGUCUGGAGAACGACCUGUCUGGCGUGACUCUCACAGACACAGAAGUGACCUACCUCAUGGACAUGUGCUCCUUCGACACCAUCUCCACCAGCACCGUCGACACCAAGCUGUCCCCCUUCUGUGACCUGUUCACCCAUGACGAAUGGAUCCACUACGACUACCUCCAGUCCCUGAAAAAAUACUACGGCCAUGGCGCAGGUAACCCGCUCGGCCCGACCCAGGGCGUCGGCUACGCUAACGAGCUCAUCGCCCGUCUCACCCACUCGCCUGUCCACGAUGACACCAGCUCCAACCACACCUUGGACUCGAACCCAGCUACCUUCCCGCUCAACUCUACUCUCUACGCGGACUUUUCCCACGAUAACGGCAUCAUCUCUAUCCUCUUUGCUUUGGGUCUGUACAACGGCACUAAGCCGCUGUCUACCACGACCGUGGAGAAUAUCACCCAGACAGAUGGGUUCUCGUCUGCUUGGACGGUUCCGUUUGCUUCGCGUCUGUACGUCGAGAUGAUGCAGUGCCAGGCCGAGCAGGAGCCGCUGGUCCGUGUCUUGGUUAAUGAUCGCGUUGUCCCGCUGCAUGGGUGUCCAAUUGAUGCUUUGGGGAGAUGUACCCGGGAUAGCUUUGUGAGGGGGUUGAGCUUUGCUAGAUCUGGGGGUGAUUGGGCGGAGUGUUCUGCUUAG